CCAAUCAGAAGCUUGCAAACUCGGGACUGUACUCGACCGCGCUACGUCCGUGUUUGCCGUCACCGCUCAACAUUUUCGAGUGGAAAACUUUGGAAGUUGGACAAACAAGACAGCAAAAGAGGGAGUCUGGUUCCACUUUGGACGCAGGGUUUGGCCCCUUCGCCACCCACGUCCGUGCCCCACCAUGCCUCUGGUUACGAGGAACAUCGAGCCGCGACACGUAUGCCGCCAGUCCAUCCCCACCAGCAUCCGCAGCGAGCUGGAAUGCGUCACCAACAACAGCCUGGCCAACAUUAUCCGCCAGCUGGGCAGCCUCAGCAAGAAUGCGGCCGACGUGUUCAUGGCGCUGUUCGAACAGGCGGAAGAUUUCGCCACCAGGGUGAAUUCGCUGGGGGAUAGAGUGGACCGCCUGCAGGUCAAAGUCACCCAGCUGGACCCCAAAGAAGAGGAGGUUUCUCUUCAGGCCAUCACCACUCGGAAGGCAUUCCGCAGCAACCUGAUUCAGGACCAGCAGCUCUUCACCAGGCCGUCGCUGCCCAUGCCCGUGCAGGACACCUAUGCCACGUGCAACCCGCCGCCGCCACUCAACCUCCUCACUCCGUACCGCGAGGAUGGAAGGGAGGCCCUCAAUAUUUACACCGAUCCUUCCUACUUCUUUGACCUGUGGAAGGAGAAGAUGCUGCAGGACACCAAGGACAUCAUGAAGGAGAAACGAAAACACAGAAAGGAGAAGAAAGACCACCUGAACCAGCGCACCCUCAACCCCCGCAAGAUCAAGACCAGGAAGGAGGAGUGGGAACGUCGCAAGAUGGGCGAGGAGUUUGUGGUCCCGAAGAAUGAAAUGAUGAACUCCUCUGAGGGUCUGAAUGGAAGUAUCUGCUCUGGCGACGGCUUCAACUCAGAAGGCCUGGAGUUGAGCACGGGCUCCUACGCUUACGACUCGGGUUCCCCGCUGUCGCCGCCCGGCCCCGAUGACUUCCUGCCUCCCCCGCCUCCAGACAUGGGGUACAAUGACGGCCACUACGGUGGUGCCACCCAGAAGCGGGUCAGCGUACUGAGCCCCAACCACCCACCUCCUGCUCCCCCGAUGGCCUCCCCCCAGUCCAACUCUCGCCCUCACAUCUCCCCCCCUCCGGCACCUCCUCCCCCGCCGCCGCCCUCCGGCUUUGGGGUCCCCCCGCCUCCCCCUGGAUUUGACAGCCCUCCUCCCCCUCCCCCACUUGCCGGUGCCUAUCCCUCGCCGCCCGCUCCGCCUCCCCCUCCCAACAUGUCCUCCAUGUCGCCUCCACCCCCACCUCCCAUGCCCGCUGGCGGUGGCCCUCCUCCGCCUCCGCCGCCGCCCCCUCCCCCUGGCCCACCUCCGCCAUCUUUUGACGCCACCGCUCCCCCCCUUCCCUCUGCUGCGAUGGGCCCCAGCGCCACCAAGCCGCAGCCGGUGCCCGCCCCUGCCAGCGAUGCCCGCAGCGACCUGCUGCAGGCCAUCCGACAAGGCUUCAACCUGCGCAAGGUGGAGGCCCAGCGCGAGCAGGAGAAGAGCGACCACUUUGGAAACGACGUGGCCGCCAUCUUGUCGCGACGCAUAGCUGUAGAGUGCAGCGACAGCGAGGACGACUCGUCCGAGUUCGACGACGACGAGUGGUCUGAAUGAUGAUAAUCGCCUUCUUUUCUUUUUUCUUUUUUCUCUUUUCCUCAGCGGCUUUCAAUCACUAGCAAGCACUCAGGUUAGCACAAUCAUUCCUUCCCUUGCUUCUAUUUAACAACAAUGCUGCACAAUCUUUGUGUGCCAUUGACAUGUAAUAAGCUGACGUCUUCUGUCACAGUCCCUUUGUGUUCCCCCCACCCCGUUCUCUGCUGCUGCCGAGCGCCUGACUUAAUCUGCUUUAGUGCCUUCUGGCAGCGGAUGUUGGAGAGGGAAUAAGCGCCACACAUCCUCUCUAAUCAACGCCUCUAACGUCUUUAAGCAGUAACGUUACUGUCUGUGCGUGUGUGCGUGCGUCAGCAUGGGAAAAUUUUUUUAUGUUUUUAAAAAUAUGACAUGUGGUAUUCAGUGUAAAAGAAAGGGGAAGUUGCAAGCAGUACCAUAACGCAGGCGUGUAGGAUACACGUAUGUCAUUUACUCAACAAACUUCCUCUUUAGUGGCUGUUUUCAAGAUAAAUAUAAUAGCAAUUUUUCUUUUUUAAAGUGCACGCAGAAAGCUUUGCCAAAGUUCACCUCCUUGUUUGUCUUGUGUGAACGCUUCAGUCCCAAAGACUCAAAAAAUAUAUUUUAUCUGGGUAAAAAUGUAAUAAAUUUGUAGAAUGUGUUAUGCUGUGUGUUGUCUUUGGCAUUGGGGAGGGGUGUAAUGACGUAGUUGUUGACAUUGUAUGACUGGCCAUAGCAAAAAGUGAGUGAAAAAAACAAAACCUACCAAUGAACUUUCUUCUGUCGCUUCUUUUUGACAUUUUUUUUAUGUCACAAGUCUGAGCCACCUGUGAGUGCUUUUAGAUGGGGGGAGGGUCCAAGUGUGCCACCCGCUGCUCGUUGAGAAGAGUGAUGCGUCCUUUCACGUCCAAGUUGCCAAAAUUCUCUUCGCUAGAUUUUUUUCUAGCUGCUUUUUCUGAAAAAGAGAAUCUAAAGGUGUCAGAUUGCCCGCUAAAUAUAACUCCUAUGUUGGCCACAUUGAUCCCUCCCGCUACUUCCUAUUCUCUGGCAGUCCAGGUGCAUGAUAGAGUCCAGGUGCUCCUUUCUUCUCCUACCUGUGACGUUAACGGCCUGUCAAAACUUCCCCUGAGCUCACUUGUAUACAAACAUUCACUUUCCACAGACAUUCUGCAAGCUAGUUGUACCAAAUGUUCCUCAAUGAGGGGAUAAAAAAAAACAUAGAGCACACAAAAAACCUUAUCAGCCACCUGAAACGCCACAGCGUUUGAGAAGUGCAAAAGGUUUGCCAGAGACCUACGUGGCGUCACACGGGCUACACAGAGGGUGUGCUGGAAUACAGUGCACAUUACUGGGCCACAGCACUUGGCUCCCUCCGCUCUAUACUCUGGUUCUCCUGAUAGUAGUGGUAGUAGUAAUGUCAUAUUAUUUCAUUAGGACAAAUCAACAGGUACAGUUGGUCAAA